AUGGGUUGGAAGAGCGCCUUUGUCGCCAGAGGAAAUUCAGAGAGUCGGUCCCCAGGCACGCAGCAAAUUCUCAACCUAUGGGAAUGGGGAAAGGACAUCACCAACCCGGAAGCUCUGUGGGGUGACGAGAUAGAAUACCUGAUAGUAGAUUUGGACCCUUCAUGGUCUCGUGCAACGGUGUUGUUGUGCCAGGAGAGUAUCCUGCAGCAAUGGGAUAAGCAAACUAACGAAAAGUCAAGACGGGCUUUGAUCAAGAGCCUCUUGGGACCUUCUCAAUACCCACUAACCAUUGCUUCCUUCCCCCGCUUGGGUGUUAAGGGUCAAUACUCGACUCCUCACUACGCACCCUCACAGAGCAAUAUUCACUACAGAAUGCUACCCCCUCAAUUACUUUCACCGGCUCUUCGCCAUGUCUAUAUGGCACAAAAGAUCCUCGGCCGACGGCAACGUCCGAUAGGGGUCCACGUUCCACUAUUUCAAGAUAGAGACACCCCGAGGUCUUUUUUGGACGACCCGUUUUCAUCCAAAAAGCCAGAAAAAGAGGAUAAUUGCGUCUAUCUUGAAGGCCAAGGGUUCGGCUGUGGAUGUUGCGCCUUGCAGACCACCUUUCAGACUGAGACUGAGCGCGACGCGAGGUGGCUACAUGAUCAAUUGGUCAUACUUGGUCCUACCAUGAUGGCUCUAACUGCCGCAACACCUAUAUUUAAGGGGUUUCUAGUCAAUACAGACUCCCGGUGGAACUGCUUGGUGGCAAGUCUCGACGACCGCACCCAGACGGAAGUUUCCGACUUCAUCACGGCCUCUAAAACAUGUUGCUCCGUUCCGCUAACACGCUGGUCCUCCAACCGAGUGUACCUCUCUCAUGAACGGCCACCAGACAUAGCAAAUGCCUGCAGACAAGUUAGGGUUGACGAAAGUGCAAGGCAACAACUUCUAGAGGGAGGCAUGGAUGAAUCCAUCGCAUUGUACUUCUCGCACAUUAUAUGGUAUGAUCCAUUGUGCCUGAGUCAAGAUGAUAUCGACUCCAUGAGCCCAGAGACCACCCAUAUCCUCCAGAAAUUCCAACACGGGGUGUGGCACCAUGUGCACCUGAAAAUGCCUGAUGCAAGCAUAGGAGCCGGAUGGCGCGUCGAGUUCCGGCCCAUGGAAGUCCAACCCAAGGAUUCGGAAAACGCGGCAUUUUCGGUGUUCAUGUUCCUGUUAUCUCGGGCUAUUGUGACGUAUCGACUCAAUUUUUAUAUCCCUAUUGAAUUAGUGACGGAGUCCAUGCAGCGAGCCCAAAGCCUCGACGCGGUGACUAAGGAACGCUUUUGGUUCCGGCGACGAGGCUGGGCUCCGGAUGGGCUGGAUUCUAUUCAGUGCCACCCUCAAAACGGCUGCGCUCAUACACUAGACGAAUCUACGGAUGGCGCAUAUACCCUAAUGACCAUGGAUGAGAUAAUCAACGGCGAGCGCUCGACUUCACCAGCCCGAUUCCCUGGGUUGGUUGCCAUUGUUCGGUCGUAUUUGUUGGACAGGGAAUUGCUUCCCAAUGAAGAAGCCAAGUUGAUAGGAUAUCUUAACCUCAUCAGUUGUCGCGCGAGUGGUAGUCUACCCACCCCAGCGAGAUGGAUGAGGAACUUUGUUGCUGAGCAUGAGGACUACCAGCAUGAUAGCGUCGUGACCGAGAAGAUAUGUUACGAUAUGUUGAAAGAAGUUGCCAAAAUGAAUGAAGCUGAUUGA